AUGCGUCUGUCUUCCUUCAUCGCUGGAGCAGCUCUGCUCUCUUCGGGUGCUAAUGCAUUGAAUAUUCUGCUGGGCAAUGAUGAUGGAUUCGGUUCUGGGAACUUGCGCGAGAUGUAUCGAAUUUUUAAGGAGAAGGGUCACAACGCCCCUGCGACAAAGCAGAGUGGGAAAGGUGGCACUUCUGACUUCACCACCGAAGGAAACUUGACUGCCCCAUCGCAAUAUGACUUGAUUCCCAAGGGUGCACCUUCAGUUGGACACGAUCCAAAGGACAGCCAGAUCUGGUACUACAACGGCACGCCCGCUGCCUGCACCUUCGUCGCUCUGGACUACGUCCUCCCCAAGUUCGCCAACUUUAGCGUUCCUGAUCUUGUUGUUACUGGACCUAACUACGGAACCAACUUGGGAGGCUUCGUGUGGACCUUGUCUGGAACUGCAGGCGCAGCAUAUGCCGCUACCAACCGAGGAAUUCCUGCCAUUGCGAUCUCAGCAAGCAACCAGGAGGUUCCCUACUUUGAAGUUAAGAACAAAACCAACCCUGCUACAUGGGCCGCUCAAGCCUCCGUCAAAUUCGUUGAGAAUUUCAUCGCCACCUCCCCAAAGAACGGUCCUCUUCUCCCACUCGGCUACGGAGUCAACGUUAAUCUCCCCGUGUUGACCAAGAAGAACCAGAACCCGGAUUUCGUGCAGACCCGAUUCACUGGAAACGCUCACGUUAAUGAAGCUGUCCUCGACAAAGAGAAGGGCACGUUUACUUGGGCCAACAUUAAGCCUUACGCCGCUGGUGUGAACGCCUGCAUCAAUGGUGAUUGCGCUCUCCCUGGUGAGACAUACGUUGUUGAGAAUGGCAAGGCGUCUGUGUCUUUCUACACGGUUGAUUACUCAGCGCCUAGCACGGAGUAUACGAAGUCUCUCAUCCAGCGAGUUGCGUCGUUUAUUUCAAGCGAUAAAUAG